CUUCCUAGAAAACCUCUUUGAUGAGGCUAGAGCACAGUCACCACAAUCAGAUAUAUCAGACCUCCAACUUGACAGAUUGUUUAGCUGCAGACCAUUGUCCCCAGAAUCGUUGUCCUCUGAAUUUGACUAUGCACUAAUGCAAGAUUGGUUGUUAGACUUCAGAGCAUCUUCUCCAGAAUCAGUGGUUUCUGGGGAACUGUACUUUCAUGACCAAAUUCCUACACAGCAUUGUCACUAUUUCCUUAAUUAUUCUCAAAGCUUUUCAUCCUCUGAGGAAUUAUAUUCCGAUUCCCCCAUCCAUACAUUUCAGUCCCCUAGCCACUUUUUAUCUACAGGAAUUUCACAGUCAUCAAAUUCAUUUUUCUCCGAUUUGUCAAUUGAUAGUCUUUCAGAUGAUAUUCAAAAAAUACCAAUCAACAAUAAUAAUGGUGCCUCAUCUCCUAAUUUUGAAAAACAGAUUAACAUGAAUAAUCCAUGCUACAAUCAUAUCUCAGUAUCUCCUCAAUCAUAUAAUUCAGUAGAUGAAAUACUUCCUUUGUCACCUGACUCUGUUCCUCAUUUUGGUCUUGAAUGUUCUUCUAAGUCUUCACCCGAAUUAUGUUCGUUGAGUUCAAUCCAGUCUUUCAAAUCUGACAACAUCCAGACCCCUGAUUUUUUAAUACCACAAAAUGAUGAUGGCAUAACUCAUAAUAUUUCAACAGAGCACAUAUCUUUCUCAGCUACAGAAUCAAAUCUUAAAAGUGUUAAUCCCUUUGAGAAACACACACAUCAUGAUCAAUUCAGAUUUCACAGAACAAGACUGAUCGCACAUGUUUAUGAUCCAUUGUAUAAUGGAUAUUGAUGUUUAAUUAUAUAAUACUAUAUAAUAUAAUACUUGUAGUUGAAGAAAGUUGUAACUUUCUUCAACUACACUUGUAACUUGUACUUGUAUGUAUUUUAAGUAUCUAGAGUUUCUCAGAACACAGGCAUCAAAUUUAACCAGUUAAAGCUAACAUACCAAAUGGAUAAUAUUUUCAGAUUCAGAGAUUUUUUCUUAAAAUAUGUAUUAUUCCUUUCUAAAUUUCACAAACAGUUCUAUAAAUUCAUAUUUAUUAAAGUAGUGUUUGGUCCAUAUAACAAUAAUUUGUAAAAUACUCAAAAUAUUUUAAAAUAUAGAAAAAAAUGUUGAGUCACAAGGCAAUGCAAAAUGCACCUUUGUUGGAAAUGACUUUGCUUGUGGAUUAUGGAUGCAAGUUGCAGUCAUCAUCUUCAGACUCUACACUUUCCACUUUCAAUGUUUAAGAUUUGUUUUGGAUUAAAAUCAAGGAGAAACUUGAGAGUCAACAUACCAUGUUUUUGGUAAGAGAGCUUAAUCGAAUGCAGUGUUACUAGUAGUUGAAACACCAUGGCAUGUGUGCAAUAUGAGAGGAAUGGCCUUUUAAUAAACACAGCCUACAAAAGCCUGCUUUGGUUUUGGUACACUAACAUUUGUACCUUGUGUAUGGAUAUUAUGUGGUUUAGUCUUUCCAUAUACAUUAAUAUGCAAGUAUUUUCCUUCAAGAAUUCUGCUGGAAUAUUACUAAUGUGCUUAUUGUGAUUCUGCUGCGCUGUUGUUGGCCUAAUUAGCAUUAAAUUAGAUCCAACAAUGUCAAGUGAAAAUAUUGUUGACUGUUGGAUUCAGAUAUUGUAAGUCCAUUUGUGCCCUUCUUGUAAGAUUACUUACUAGCUUACAAUAAUAAUAACAAAUUGUGUUUAAAACAAAAGGGACACAAAUGCAUUUUUUCUGUGGCUCAUUUCAUUGUACACAUAUUUUCAUGUAAGUGCAUGCUUAUAUUCCAUCUUUCAUAGCAUUCAUUUUAAAUAUCUACCACUUCAUUUAUUAUUUCUUACAGAUUCCAACAACAUCAUCCAAGAAAAAUCUUUCAGAACCCUCAGAACAAUCCAUUCAGUUCAGUGAAAAACUGCCUAAUUUAUAUCAGUCAAACACCUUGUCCUCUAACACACACUCACAGCUUUUGGGGCUUCUCACGAAGACUGAAGUUUCAAUCACACCAACUGAACAAAAUGAAGAUUCUGUGUCUUCCAUUCUUUGUUUUGAGACUCCAGAUUUUGCCACUGUAGCUGAUUUAGUCACUGGACCCACAGAAACUAACCAAUCAGUAAUCAGUUUGACUCACUCUGAACUCAGCAAUGAAAGCCCAAAUAACAAAACAUCUUCUAAUUUUUUCCAACAACAAAAAAGCCUGAGUGUAGAUACAGACACCCAAAUAAUCACACAGACUAAACAAGACUUUCAAAUGGUUGAAUAUAUAAAUCAAGAACCUAUAUCACAGUUAAACGUUGCUACUGAUGAAAGUAAGUCUGAAGAUCACCCUGUAGCAAAAACAAACCAGAAUAAUUACAUAGCUGAAGCACCAUCAAUGUCUUUUCCCAAAAUGGAUGAUGCCACAGCUUGUGUUUCUGACAACAUUUCUGAUGGUUCUUUGGCACCUUUUCACCAUGAGGACACUGAGAAUUAUCUGGAUGGUGGAAGACAAAGCAAAUCAGAAAAUGUGACCACUACUCAAGAUUUUAACCUAUCCAUUGAUGACCAUGAUUCCAAUAUUGGUGCAGCAGGGAUGACUAUAUCAACACCAGAACCUAAUUCAGAUGCAUCCAUAUUAGAGCCAAGCCAUGACCCUUUACUUGAAGAGACGAAGUGUAUUUUAGAAGACAUACAGCCUCUGGAGAUAACACAAGGAAGCCAAAAUGAAAUAUCUUCCUUGAUGCCCCCCUCUAACAUAGAGAACAGUCGGGAUUACCAAAAAAAGGACAUGACCACUCUUUAUCAGGAUUCUAUCAGUUCUCAAGAUCUUGAUUUAAAAGUCUGCUCCAUUACUGAAUAUCCUGAUGUUCUGACAAAGUCUGUUGCAUCAGAAGUAAUUCAAUCAAAUGAAGACCCUGUAUCAGAUGAACCAAUAUUAGAUUUAAGCCAGUCAGGCAGUGGCCAGUCGUCCUUUGCAGAGCAUCAGGAGAGUUCUGAUGAAAAAGAUCAGGGUUUAGAGCUGGUAAUACAAACUGACAAAAGUACAGCUGAACCAUUGUCCAAUGUAUCUAUGACAAAGCAAGAAGAAAGCCUAUCCCGCAAAGACAGUGAUGACUAUUCGACUGAUGUUUUUGAAACUUAUGACAACAAGCCUUUUGAAGAUUUUUCUAGCAGUAGAGAUGUUCCUGUCUCUGAAAAUGUUGAUAAAAAUGACAUGGCUGCACCAGAAGCAUCAAGAUUUUUUGGUUUUGAGGAACUUUUACCGCCUAUGACGAUUGAGAGCCCUGUGAAGCCAAUUUUGCAUCAUUCAGAGGAGUUAAUGACACCAGUGGAGAUUUCUGAAGCUCGAACAUCGGUUGAUUCUGAACAGGCAUUAUCACCAUCAGAUGAUGAAUACUGCAUCCCACCCGGUUACGACGAGGUCUCCAAUACUUUUAAUGACAAACCUACGCACACCAAAGCAGCAAGCCCAACUUUUGAGCUUUCUGACACAGAGGCAUACUUUGAUUGUAAACAAGCAGCUUCAGAUUUCUCAGAGACAGAAUCUGAGGAACCUGAGUUAAAAUCCCAAUCACGUCAACAGUAUUACAACUAUGGAAAGAAGCAAGGGUUUUUUCAUCAGCCUCUCUUACCUUCUGGAAGUAAAGAUUGUGAAGAUUAUCCUUUUGCCUAUGAACCUCUUUACCAUGUACAAGAGGAAAAUGAAGAGAGUUCUGAGGAGGAAUUCUCCUUGUGUGAAGCUCCACCAAAGACAACUGUAUGUGAAACUGGAGAUAGUGACGAAGAUGACACUAACGAUUCAAUCUCAAGGGAGAUCGAAGCAGAACUUGGAACAAUGUCAGAAAGUUCUGAUGAGGAAUUUUUGACCACAAGGAUAAUUCGAAGAAGGGUUAUCAUUAAGGCAGAUGAAUUGGAUGAUAUUCCACCUCAGUCAAUCUCUGAAGAAACAUACAAGGAUGAAAAUGGACGCACUGUUACAAAAAAGGUUACCCGAAAAGUUAUCCGUAAAUGUGUUUCUUCCUCUGAUGGAGCUGAGCUAGAGCAGUUCCCAUUAGAAGCAGGUGCCCAGGCCAGCAUCAGGUCGCCCAAGGGUGAUGGAUAUUCCAAAGUGAUCAAGAGGACCGUAGUAAAGAGUGAAGGGGACCAGUCAGAGGUAACGUUUACUGAAUGUGAGGGUCUGUCGAAGCAAGACCAAGCUGAAGGCGGCAGAGUCAGUUGUGUUGAGAAGACAGUGGUGCUGGAGGGUGAGCGGACAAUGACACACCACGGUGAUGUGACUUUGGCCUCAGAUGUCCCCUCGGCACAAGAUGAUUUCAGACAGGCUUUAGGUUACAUAGGUGGCUUUAAUGACAAAGAGCUCCCUCGUGUGGUAGAGAAGCAGACUGUCAAAGAUGAUGGGACUCUAGUGAGGAGGGCCCAGAUGCGUAAAAGUCGCACUCUGAGGCGGACCAUGGUGAAGGGAGCUGGCCAGAAAAAACAAGUGCUUUUGGAGCGAGUGGAGGGCCCUCGAACAGGUUCAAGGUCUACAGAUCUUAAGCAGCAUCUCCACCAGCUCUUUCACCAUUACUACGAACAAAAACAUGGAGAAGAUGCCGACAAGAAGCAGGAAGAGUAGACUCACCGAUUACUGCUUGAACCCACUCCCAAGCUAGAACUUUCCCUUAAAUCCUAUGCAUUAGCCAGAUGCAAUCCCAGAGCGUGCUAAGUCACCUCUAAGUUACCAUAGUCUUCCCAUUUAGUCUUGAAACACUUUUUAAUUUUAAUUUCUAUCCUUGUUUUAUGUGACCAAAGAAAACAUUUCCGUUUUUUUUUUCCCCUCUAAUUUAUUUCCAUGCUAGAAGUUGUUGUCACUAUGGUAGAGGAUCACAUACCAAGAACUAUUAGCCCCAUAUUCAUUAUGUAACAUGCAGACCUCUUCUAUCCUCAAGAAUAAUUUACCUGCUAAAUAUUUCUACUGCUCUUGUCAAUAUAUGCUUGGACUGUGCACUUACUCUCACCACUCCACUCACCAUUAUAUGAAAUCAGGUGGUCAAGAUGUCAUGUAGACCUUAUGAUUGCUCAUAUCCAUUGCUGCUGCUUCUGUGUUUUGUGUAGGCUAUAUGUAAUCUGAAUUCUAUAUUAUCUAUUUAGAGGCAUUAUGGACAUCUGUAGCCUAGAAACUAAUAGCCACUCAUGUGAAGUAGAGCAGGCAUGACUAAUCAACAUCUGUCAUUAUGUUAGCUGCAUAGUUCUGUGGACUGCUGCUACCUCCCCCUAUGUGUAUGUUUUCAUUUAUGUGAUGUUAUCCCAUUUAAUGUCUCUAUAUUUCUCAUAAUUCAUAGUACGGAUGGUGACAACUUCUAUAAUUGUUUCUUCAUGCAUGUAUUUCUUAUUUAUUUUAUGUAAUGCAUUGAAUGUAUUUUAUUUUUAUUUUUUGUAAUGAUGUGCCAUUAUUAGAUGAGAUUUAGAUGAUCUGUUACUGACUGGAACAAUGAUUUGAGGUAUUAUUUAAAAAUUGAGUGUAAAAUUGUCUUGUGUGUGAAUGGAUGCGUGAGCAGGUUCUCUCAGUAUAGUAAAGGGACACAGUAUUUACCACAAUACGCAUUGGCACUUCUGAAUGUCAAACCCUCCAUGCUUUUUGUGCACAGGCUUCAAGGUAAGACUAGAGGUUGAGAGCUUCAGUUUGCCAUUAUUCACAACGCUUUGUACUGUAUGUAUCUACAACAUGUACUUAAUGUAUUUAAUUCUUUCUCACAGUUCAUUUAGUGACUUAGAGAUACGUAUGUACAAUGCAAACUAGUGGAAGUUCACUGUGACAGGUAUGCUUUUAUUUUGAGCAUCCUUCUUCUGUGAUGAGUUAUAUAUAAUUAAAUUUAAUGCAUAUGUAUAAAUAUCUAGGGCAUGAACUACUGUAUCAGAAUUUAAAAAAUACAAUAAAAUGACUGCAGUGUUUCCAUGGCUGAUAUCGCAAAUAAAAAUAUUCAAAUA